UGGGCCCGUAUUGUUUCCUCCGGACCAAGCAAGGCAAAAAUCGGCAGAGCGUCAUAGCAGCAGUUUUGAGGAGUGUCCGGCAGAACGCGGAGGCGACGCUGCUGAAGAAGUCGAUGGAGGAGGUCCGGGCACCACUAAGGAAAUCGAUGGAGGUGCAGCAGCCGACUCGCGGUCAUGUUGUCCCGCUGAUGUUGGCGCUCGGAGUUUGCAUUGCGUUGCGGUGGUUCGCGGUGCGGAGUUCGCGCUCUCAGCGUUACGGCCAGGCAAGAAAGGCCUGGAGGGACAUUGCCUCGUCGCGGUGUUUCGCAUUUUGCGAAAGCGCGCCACCCCCUUGUGCGACAGACUUUCCCUGCUGCGCAAGGAAGUUCUUGAAAUCUCGACGCCGGCUGGUGUGAAUACAGAAGAAUUGGCCAGGGAGUUUGACCGAACGCCAGAAACCGGGAUAGCGCGCCAUCCCUUUUAUAUGGAAACACUUGAUUUGCAGCAGCUUCUCGUCGCAGUAGAGCAACAGCGCCUGCAGAUCCUCGGAUUGGACCCGGACUCUCCUACAGUUUUAGCGGAUCAGGCCUUUGAGUUCGACUGUUCAGAGUGGGUCCUGAGUACCGAGGCGCGCGGCUCCGACCGAUCUCACAACAGUGCGCUCGGCACGCGGCUUCGCAAGGACCUUCAGCGGCUCUGGGACUCCCCCGCCUUCCUGCCAAACGGCGGCGCGCUGCUCUUCCCGUCCUACGAACAGUAUUCCAACAUGAUGCUGUUUCCGCUCCGCAGUGACGCACCAGAGAACCCGCUGAGAAGACACCAGGUGGAAAACCUGAUCGGCGACGACAAGCUGAUAGCAAAGUGCGUCAUCUAUUUUGCAGAAAAGCACAGCGCCCACAUCACGAAGGUCGAAGUGUGCUCUUAGGUUGGUGGUAUCGUUGAGAGCCCCGUAGUGCGGAGACCACGAGAGAAGUAGGCUUUUUUCAUGCAGAGUGCAGCUUUUAGAUUUAAUGCGGUGAGGCGAUUGGGAUUGCGAUCGGACUCCGAGAACUAGCGUAAAAGUUUGUCAUGCCGAGCAGCCACGAAGACGCUUCGCUAGUCUUAGUUGUCACACGAAAGCUAUAGGCUUUUUGUUUCCGCUAUGGGUGAACAAGCGUGCUUUUCUGUAGGAUAUCAUAGCGCAACGGUUGGGAAGCCAGCAGCAGCUCUCAUCUGUGCGCGCUGCUGGCCGGGCCAAAGGGACAAAGACCAAGCAAUCCUACCGGCUUUUCCCCAUGAAUCUUUUUGCUGCUGCUCCUCUCCGCCUCUAUCCGCACUUCGUGUCGACCGUCGACGUGGAGGAGGGCCCCUGGAGAAUGCGUUGCGCAGAUGUGCGUGCAUUAGACUGUCUUCCGCCCACGCGUUGGCGGCUGUGCGCUCCCCACAGCGGGGAGCAGUUGGAAACUGCAAAAUCCAGGAAAAAACACGGCGAGCUUGCAGCAGUGCUGGGCUCGCGGGCGCAGACCGUUCCCUGUGAUGCCUCCGUUCCGCUGCACUAUGACUUGAGUCCCACGGCGCUCGAGGAUUUCGAUUCUAAAUUUUCCUGCGGCAGCAGCAGGAGUCAAGAUGUUUUCCGUUCUACCGUGGCGGACUUAGAAGACUUCGCGAGCGGAUGCGUCAGUGCAGCGGAUCUCCUGGUAAGUAGUGCCGUCGCGUCGGACAAUGAGCAGGGUGCAUGCAGUGCAUCUACCGGGCGGGGCGCCAGCGUCGCCAAUCAGCGGCCGAUAGGUACAUCCGCCCUCGGAUCUUCGUCUCGGGCUGCUGCGCUCCAGAAGGAAGGUCAUACGGACAAAAAAAUAAACGUCAAUCGCAGCAAGGACUCGUCACGUGACCAGAUUCGGGAAAGCGCGAGCGAGUCGACGCUUCAUCGAGCUGAUGCGAGCAAGCGAGACACCAUCGACGAGCAGUGGGCAAAUUACGAAGUCUAUCCUGGGGAUAAAAGCUGGCAUCUCACAUUUGUGACGCAAAAGAGAAUAAGUGCACAAAAGUCUGUAUCUGCGUCGCAUAGCCCAAGCAGAAUCCUAUGCUGCCGCGGCCCAUAGCAGAUUUUGAUUUUUCAUCGUGUUUGUCUAUUUCAAUUCGCACAGAAGUACUGUGUUGUGUGUGCUAGCUUUUUUCUGUGUGAUAAGUUUGUGCGCAACGCGGCUAAUGAAAAGAAUGCUCGCUACGACUUGCGGGAUUUUAAUCUUCCAAACGUCGAGCAAGGCGAUGACAAGUGUUGCGGUAUGCAGUCCUUCUUGUUUCGCAACUUUCCUGUUUAUGCGAAGCAGGAUCAUGCGUACGGCCUUGAAGGCGAAAACUGCAGCUCCUUUGUGAUAAGCGCGUCCGCACAAGCCUGCAGGAAGAAACUGAAAAAAAGCAGGACAAGCGAGGAAGCGAGAAGACCGCUGGAUGAGAAGGCUUCGCAGUUAGGCCCUGAGAAUGAAACGAGUUACACGACCGAAACCGACAGCAACGUAGACGACCCUUUCCCAACGCGUCACAGAAUUGACAUGGGGCUAGCAGGUAUGUUGGAGCUGCAGGUCCCGCCGUUCGCGUCACGGGUGAAUAUUCCUGACUUCGACGAAAUGCAGCAGAUGCUGGGCGACCACGCUUUUCACGAAAAAGAACAUCCGUUCGCUCCGGGCAAAGGACUUCCGUGGCUUUCUCCGACGGUGGAUCAGCUGGCAUUUAAGCACAGACGGGCAAAUCGCAUAAAUUACUUGGAGCAGACCCUGGAGUGUGAGCUGAAUCGUGCGACCAACACCGUAGCGGAAAAAUUUGAAUUAGUGAAGGAGGACGCGGUAUGCGUUGCAAAUAUGUCUGCGACUGGGUGUGGGUCUCCUGGUUGGAAGAUUGCAAGACUUGCGCUCUAUGUUCUGCAUGACAUAGACGGGCUGACUUGCGGGCUCUAGCAUCACAAGUUUUGGCGAGAGGGCUCCUCGCUGCGUAUCCUGCAUGAGAAAUGUUGUCUUCGAGGACUGACGCCCAAGGGUGGCCACUUCUGAUAGAGCUCUGCGUCGAGGUCGACCAGACUUAGCGUGACAAACUCGGACCCGUCCACGGCCCAGACAUGUUUGCAUAUGCAUACGUGGACUUCCUUGCGCCGCGGACGCCGUGGCACGUGGGCCAUGGUGGAAAGGCGAAGUCCCAAAGCAGCCGCUACGACGAGCCGGAAGGGCAGCGACAGCAGUUGGAAAAGGCUUUGGGUAUGAAGGUUAACUGCCGGAACCCACGGCACCGGUGCCCGCUGCAGGUGCGCCUAGAAUUGCUGGACGCGCUUACCUUUUUUUGGUCGACGAGCAUGCUGCACAACUUUUUCGAAACCGGCAAACGGUGUUAUUUCUCCGAAAACCGAUAUCCGCCCGUGGUCCACGCUUCUCGGGCCCCCCGGUCCUUGUGUGACUUCUUAGUCCCAGAACAUAUCGCAGCGCAGCAAGAAGAAACGCGCCAGCGCAGAAAACAAAUUUACAGUCGCGCGAUGGCGACAGCCUUUGUGGAGGACGAGUUUGGGCAACGACCCGCAGCAACUGGCCCGCCAGAAGAUGCACAGAACGAAGGUCGGCUGCAGGCGGUGGGUGGAAGCAAUGACGAUGCUGAGCUUUCCUCGGGGAUGGAGAGGUUGCCCGAGAUUGACUUCCUCACGACCGGAGAAGAACAAUACAACGCGUUUGUUUGCACGGCGAGACACUUGAUUUUAGGCGGUCGCAGAAGCCGUGAAGUUGAAGACGAACGCGACUCCGAUUUUUACGAGUCUCCGUUUACUGCGGAUGAGCUGUUGUUUCCGCUCUCGUGCCGGUUCUUCGAAAGUCACCACCUGGAAGCAAAUCCCCGUAUGACCGAGCUGAAGCACGACGACUUCCUUGCCGCGACUGAUUUCGCAUGGACCCUCGUCUUUCCGACGAGUCCGGGGCAGCUGCAGCAUUCCGAGCUGUUGGACGGGGACUUCCGUUGCAAGAUAGUGAACCAAUUUCCUUGCGGGCCGUGCGUCCGCGUCCUCAGCCGGCUGUGCGUUCAGACCGACAGCGUGCGGCUUCCGCCCACGCCGAUGACGUUGUCACUCACAACGGAGGACGAGGUAAAGGAGUUUUUACACCAGAGCAGCCGUGACAAGCUCGUUGCUGCGCUGGGCAUAUUUGCAGGCGCGCGUGUUUCGGUGCGCUGGUAUCUGCAGGAACUGGAUUUGUGUACAACACACAACGCCGAACGGGAUUCGAUCCGCCUGCCCGAGGACUGGCAAUCGGCGUUUUCCGGGCUGGAGUAUCGCAAUAAGAAAGCAGUCACGGAGAACCGCACAAGGGACCCGCUGGGGGAGAGAUUGAGACCCGUGGAGGAGUAUGUGCUUCCCCUUGCGCCGUUGUCUCCAAUUACCGCCCAGCCUGGCCGGUCGCCGAAAGAGCGCAUGAUGCGAGUUGCGAACGCGCGCGCCGAAGAAGCUUACCGGCCGAGACGCGCGAUCCUGCUUCACAAGCCGCCUCCCGUCUCUUACGGGAAUCCCGACGAGCCGUUGCUCUCGAAGAAGCGGUGGCCCUCACGACAGGCCUUGCGAGCGUACUUGGAAACGCUGGGCGUGCAGUACCAGCCCACGGCUGCGCCGGACAACGAAAUCUGGGUCGCACCCUUGGAAGCACCGCCGCCGCGGUCGAAGCACCUGCCUGCCGACGGCGAGGGGGUGCUGGCUUUUCGGAUCAGGUCGGAAAAUCCGGACGAAGCGCAGCAGAAGAAUUUCGACAACAAAAGGGAGGACAGCUAUCAGUCGGAAGAAGAAUGGACAGAAAGUUCCGAAUCUGAUGCGGAAGACAUACGUCGUCAGACUCUUCUGCGGAAGCAGCAGGAUCCGACUACAAGCUCUGAGGGCCACACCUUUGGCAGUGCAGAUUACAAGUAUAGCGGAGGCGUUUAUUUGUUUUUGGCUCGUCCUUGAUGUUAAUGCUUGGCUAUUCCUGCACUUCUCACACUAGCUGCAACAGCAUAGGAUCCAUAGAGAGUAAGCGUAUCUGAGUGUGCUACAACGACCUCCGAUCUCUAUAUCUGGUUUUCAUAAGUAUCAGAAUUGCAUUCAGAUGAUGAUGAUGAUUGCAUUCAGUUUCAGUAAAAAGAACAACCACAACCGCUAUCACAGAGCCAUUUUUGGAGAACGGCCGGACCGAGGCAGGCGCGUGUACAAGCAGCAUGGGGAUUACUUCGCAUUUUUUCAGAUGCGAGCCGCUAUCCACCUGGACUUCCAUGAAUGUGGCGGAUGGAAGCCCUCUGCAUCUGCAGCUGCCUGCAAGGAACCGACGUCAACCGGGGGUACAGCAUUAGGCAGCCUCUUGGGCGCGAGCAAAACGACUGAAAGCAAGGGGCCGGCUACGUUGAAAUCCAGAAGCGGCAGCGACCACAAGGCAACAUCUGCAUCACAGCGGGGACAGGAUGACACAGCGAAAAACGUUCGCGGCGCAGACAAGGAGAGGGCAGCAGAAAAUCAAACCGCAGAAGACACAGGAGACGCAGCGAAGCGCCGAAAGGUGGUUGUAACGGCCUCGGAAGGUGUAGCUGCGUGGAGCAAUAGUUUAGAGAAGCGGUUUCUGCUGCAGGAAGACAUUUUCGACAGAACUAGAACGUGCAAGAAAUAGAAAAGGAAGCCCGCUUGCGCUUUUGCUGAUUCAAUACAUAAAGAGGUCAAAGAUUCGAGCUUCACUGAUAUGCCACACCACACGGAUGCAUCAUCAGUGCCAUGAUUCUUGGUGCUCAGUUCGAGGCUCCACCUCCACAACCAUCACAGCGAUAUAGACUUACUCUUGUGUCGGUGCCAAAGCACACCCACACGACGUGGAAACGUUUGCCAGAGUUGAAGAAAACAAUUGCGGUUGCUGUUAUGAUCGAUGUUUGUCCGCCAUUCAU